AUGGCACAGAAAGCAAAGAAAGAGCGCGCCAAAGCCAACACCAGCACCCUCAACAACCUCCACAUCGGCACCCUCGUCCUCCAAGCCCUCUUCCUCCUCACCUCCCUUCUCUACACCAAGCGCUCUUUGUUCGCCUGGCUUGUCCUCUCCAUCCCCUCCCUCAUCGCUGAGUACAUUCUGGAGACAACCGGCCGCCCCAAAUACGACGCCAACAAGACGCUCAAAAGCGCCGGCGAAGACCUGGCCGCUCCGGGCUUGACAGAGUACAUGUUCGACAUCGUCUGGGUGACGUGGCUGUGUCUGGUGGUCGUUACGCUGUUUGGGAAUUGGGGCUGGUGGCUGUGGAGUGCGGUCCCGGCGUACGGGCUGUAUAAGGGUUAUGGGCUGCUGGGGAUGGCGAGGGCCAUGAUGGGGGGAGCACAGCAGGGGCAGAUGCCGAGCGAGGAGCAAGUUGCGGCGGGAGGGAACAGGAAGCAGAGACGAGCUGCGUAG